CCGGAAGCCCGCCCCCCGCGGCCGCGUGAGCCUCCCUGGCAGGGGCGUGCUGCGGGGCCCGGUGCUUUCCGCUGCACGCCCCUUGGAGCCGGGGUCCCUGCUCGUCGCGGAGCCGCUAGCUCCCGAGCCGCGCCGCUGGUAGCGGUCGGUGAAAGCCCAGCUGGCCUGACCCUCUUCGUUUCUUUCCCCGGAGCGGCGCCGGAGAUGCUCAUCCACAUGGAUCAGAAGGAGGAACUGCGGUUGUCCCGCUCCUGCGAAGGGAAGAGUGCUCUGAGCGGCACCUCAGCUGAAGAUGGGAUUGUGAGCACGAAUGAAGACAAGGCCCAUCAAGGCAUACCCAGGCUAGUGGAGCCCAAGGGUUUAUGCUCAAGACUAUCUGAGGAGAACAGUUCCUAUGGUCCUGCACAGGACCCUGUUCUCUCACGCAGGACAGAAAGGAUUCAGAGAUCCAAGGGCUUCCAGGUGAGCUCAAACCUCAUCCAGCAUCGGCGAAUCCACACUGGAGAAAAACCCUUCACCUGCACUGAAUGUGGGAAGAGUUUCCAGCACCGAUCACAUCUCAUCCAGCACCACAGGAUCCACACAGGGGAGCGGCCCUACAAGUGCUCUGAGUGCGGGAAGAGCUUCAGUGUGAGCUCGAAGCUGAUCCGGCACCAGGUAACCCACACCGGGGAGAAGCCCUACAAGUGUGCUGAGUGCGGGAAGCGCUUCUCCAACAACACGCAGCUUAUCCGGCACCAGCGUGUGCACACCGGGGAGAAACCCUAUGAGUGUACAAAGUGUGGGAAGAGCUUCAGAGUCAGCGCAGCCCUGACACAACACCAGCGUGUCCACACCGGGGAGAAGCCCUACAAGUGUGCCGAGUGUGGGAAGAGCUUCUCUGACAACUCGAAGCUUGUCCAGCACCAGCGGGUGCACACUGGGGAGAAACCCUACGAGUGCAGGACCUGUGGGACGAGCUUCAGGUUGAGCUCAACCCUGGCACGACACCAACAGGUCCACACUGGGGAGAAACCCUAUGGUUGUACAGAGUGUGGGAAGAGCUUUGGCCGUAGCUCCGCUCUCAUGAAACACUGGCUGAUCCACACCGGAGAGAGGCCUUACUGCUGUGCAUACUGCGGGGACAGCUUUCGGCAGAGGGCCCACCUCAUCCAGCACCAGCGCAUCCACACCGGGGAGCGUCCCUAUAUCUGUGUUGAGUGCAGAAAGGGCUUCAGAGUGAGCUCGGCGCUCUUCCGGCACCAGCGGACCCACAGGGGUGGGGAUCCCUAGGUGGGGUGAGUGUGGGGAGCGGUGAGGUGUGAUACCCUGUGAGCAAAGCCCAAUGUCUCCCCCUCCCAUUGACCACCCUGCUUGUGGAGGGUGAAAGCACUUUCUUCCUAAGAGAAUGAGCCCUCAGAGAUGAAGAAGGGGAGAGGCUGUGGAGGGAGCCUAUUGGAGGUUUGGGGCAGGUGCCAGGAGGAAGGUGCCCGACUCUUUUCAGUGGUGGGCAGCCCCAGGAUGAGGAGCAGUGGCCAUGAACUGAAACACAAGAGC